AUGAAGAAGAAGAAGAAGCCGAAAAACGAUGAGGGGGGGGGCAGACAGCUUCUGACAGUGAACCGCUCCCCCAUCAGUCAACAGAAGACACUAUCGGACAGCUCGGUGUAACAACAAUAGUAACGUUUAAUAUUCACGGGGGAUACGUUUUACAACUUUGGGCAGAUUAGUUGGUUCCCGUCCGUAUUAGUCCAACGUUAUCGUUGGUGAUGAUGGCAAAUUGAGUAAACAACACUGUUGCUUCGAGUUUUAGCAUAACGUUAAGUUACCUUACGUUGUCGUUAGCUAGCUGGCUAGCUAUCACGCUAGGUAUCUAGCAAGCAAAAGCUAGCUAAGUAAGUUUAACCUCAGUGUUUACGGUCGCGUCGAGGAGCCAGUUGCUCUAGUCUGUCCCGCUAUCGACACACAACCAGGUGGCAGGUACUUGGUAAAGAUGGGUGACAUAAACCCAUCGACAUCCAAUGCAUUUCAGUCAGAGGGUUUCAGUCCGCCAUACCGGAGAAGAACAGUAGAGGAUUUCAACAAGUUUUGCACUUUCGUCUUGGCCUAUGCCGGUUACAUCCCGUACCCCCAAGAGGACUCUCCACUGCGCAGUAGUUCCAGUCCUCCCAACAGUACAGGCAGCACCGCUGACAGUGAUGGUUGGACUCCGGGACCCCCGACCUCUUGCCCGCAGCGCCCUCCCAAGGUCCCCCAGGACAGGAGCAGGAAACGUCAACAACCAGGAGCCACGCUGUCCAGUCACGCAAAAGAUUACACAAUCACCAACCUGCACCCAGAUGACCGCAGGAAAGGUGACAAGCUGAAGAAGAAGAAAAGGAGAAAGGAGAGGGAGCAUUCGGUUGUUGAGGAAAGCCAGGUUCAGCACGCCCAGUCAUCGGUCCCGGAGCUGCAGCACCCCAUCUCCUUUGGCGGCCGAACAAUCAAGGAAGAGCCUGAAGAUGAUUUCUGCAUUCCUUUCCACCCUGAGCACCUGCCUAACCCAGCCCUGUGCAAGGAGGAGCCCAAGGAGGAGCGUCGAAACUGGGAUGGUCAAGACCUUGAAGAAGGGAUGGUAAAGGUACAGAAGGUGGAGGGCCUUUCAGGAAACAGAACAGUGUUCCGCCAGGGGAAACAGGUGGUGUUCAGAGACGAAGAUGGUUCAGGCGAGGAUGAGGACAUCAUGGUAGACUCCGAUGACGACUCAUGGGACCUGGUGACGUGUUUCUGCAUGAAGCCUUUUGCGGGCCGGGCCAUGAUCGAGUGUAACCAGUGCAACACCUGGAUCCAUCUGUCGUGUGCUAAGAUCCGCAAGAGCCACGUGCCAGAGACAUAUGUGUGCCAGAGCUGCCGGGAGUCCCGCGGAACCGCAGAUGCCCGCCGCUCCCACCGCUCACGCAUAGGCCCACGCAAGCAUCUGCUCGACUGACCCCAGGCUGAACUCUGACCCCUUUCCACUCCUGCUUCCCCUCCACCUGCUGGACUGUCCCUUACUCCAAUUCAGGUCAUGCACCCUUUGGUCUCUGUGCUUCAUGGUCAGCCAUGAACCCACGUUUUCUAUAAACACAUUGAUGGACCUAUCCCAAGCCCUUAUCCCAUUUGAAAACCGUUUGAGUGCUGUUUUAGAUUUACUGAGGUUUGUUCCUGCUUCCCUACAGACCCUGUGCGUAAGGCAAUCACUGAAUGGAUGUCUGUUUUGUAGAUGACAUUAGCAUAGCAGCAAACCUCUACCAUCGGGACUUUGUGUCUCAUGAACACUGGAAACCUUUGAACUGCCAUAUAGAGAGAAUACCCUCACAACUGCCACCCACUAUGGUGCAUGCUGGGAUUUGUGGGAAAGACUGUUUGCACUUUUCUCAAACUAAAAAACAAAAACAAAACAAGAAUCCAUGUGACUGUUCUGUCAUAGAGACAGGUAUGUCUUUCUGAUUAAACUGGAUUUGAUUUUUUUUUUUUUUUUUUUUAGAUGCCCCUAUUAAUGUUCCACAAUAACUGUUCAAAAUGAGAAAGUUAAGCCUUGCGUUAAUUGCUUCAGAUGGUGCUAUAGUAUUAAGCUGAGGUAUAAUCCAAUAGAACAAAGAUGUAGGAUCAUAGACGAGAGACUCCAUCUGCUUCAUGUGUUUGUUCUGUUUUGUUAAGACAUUGUGAAAGAAUAUCAUUGAGGCUUGAAGCCAGUACAACUGAACCAAGCGCUUGUUCCUAUACCUUUUAAUUCACAAACUGUCUUCCAGCCUCGGCUACACUUCUAAAUCAAGACGUUACUUGGCCACACGCAGAGCUUUCAUACUAUUAGCUUAUCAAAAAUGUUGAAACAGUGUUCUUAUUUCACCAGAAUUGUCUUUCUGGUGAGUUUUCUUUCUUCGUAAUAAAUAACUGUUAUUUAACAGUUUUGAAAAAGCCAGAUAACAGACGGGACUCAGAUGAGUUUUCAGUAGAGGUGUUUUCUGUUGCCUCUGGUCAGUGUUUUUGCUGCAAUUUAUGACAGGAUUAAACAGAGGUAUUGUUAUCACCUUAUUUGCCAAACCGUUAAUUUAAAUUCACCUUUGUUUUCAACCGUUACAUGCUCAUGAGUUUUCAGAGAAAAGUACAUUGACGGAAGGCAACUCAUAUGGCCGUCCUGUUUUAAGUAUCAAAAAGCUAUCUUUACUGGAAUAGUGUUGUUAGAAAGAUUUUGUCCAAGAGUCCAUUUGAAAGUAAGCAUUCAAGUUUGUGUUUGUUUGAAUGGGUGAAACUGUGUGAGGGUGCAGCCAAAGCAUGUCCUGGUUUGGCUCUACUAAGCUUCAUGGUUUUUGGCCUUUUGUAAGAUGAAGAAAAUGGACAUCUGAUAUAAGUGCCAUGGGCAGGGUCUGUUUGUUUUGUGUGUCUCUGAAGGGUUAGAUCAGAGGAACAGCUCUCGGUCUCUUAUCACCUCUCACUAAUGUUUUCACAGCAGUAUUGGUUCACUUCCAUAUGCAGCGGCUUGUUUUGUAGGGAACGUUUUCCUUAACUUGCUGGAAAUUUGAUUUUAAGCAUUGGUAUUCAUAUGCUAUCUGCUGUUUCUGAUUAUAUAAAAGCCAUACUGUAGUGACAGAUUCUAGACUCAGAACAUUUAUCUUAGUCGAGGAUGGGAUUUUACAAAGCAGACAACACAAUGAAUGUAUAGUAUGUAAAGAAGAAAAAACGUUAGUUUAAAGUGGUUAAGCUCAUCUCUGCACUCGUCUUCUGGUAUUUACAAAUGUUGGUUAACUGGUCCGUACCCAGCAAUUGCCAGAUCUUAAAAAACAAACAUCCGUUUGGGGUGUUUUUAGGACGUUUCAAGACCCAAAGUACUCUUCGGUUUCUCAGACACGUUCAUGUCUCGAGAACCUGAAGAGACUUCUUCAGGCAGAAAUUUCUAAUUUUAAUCUGCGUCUUUUAAGACAUCAGUGUAAUUAAUGUUAACAAUGCUCGUUUAUUCUGAUCUUGGAUAAUCCUAUCCCCUUAUUGAGAAAGCGUUGUCUGUACUGUGGUGCAAACUGUUUCUGUGAAACUAUUGUAAACUAUUGUAAAUAAAGAGUUACCAUUUUAA